CGACGCCGGAGGUCCCCCCAUCUGCUUCGGUUUGUUUGCUUUGCAUCUCUGCAGCGAUCUCUCAUCUAUCUCUGUUGGUGGUCUGCUUGAUUUGAGGCGCUCGUCGUUCCAUCGAGCAGAUGACGGUGUCGGCUCUAUUCGCCAGGCUGGUCUCUCUUGGUGUCGUCCUCUUCCCUUCCGCUCUCGCCCAGGUCAGCCAAUCGUAGAGCCAAUCGAAGAGGCACACAUCCUGCGUAGCCACCCGGACGUGCAUGUGCCUGCAUCUCCUUCUCUGGCCUGGCAACAGGUGUCCUCAGAGCUGCCAACGCUUUUGGUGAUUGGUAACGCAGGCAAGUCCAAAUGCCGUGUUAGCGUGGGGAACUUGGGGCCAGGCAGCGUGAACAUCAGCGCCAUCGACAGCCUGAAUGAGACGCUCUCAACGGCGGUCCCCAUCAUGGCAGGCGACACAUUGACAAGAGUUCUGGAGGUGUCCCUCUCCUCGGGGGAGGUGACAUUCAUCUUCACAGCCGAGAAUGGGACGGAGCUGCUCCGCCAGACACUCACGAGCGACUUCAGCCCUGAAAGUCCAACUGAGCUGGAGCUCGUUGUCGGCGCCCAAAUGCUGGAGGCUACGUUUGAUGACGACGUGAUGCGGCUGGGUGUGCGACGAAACUACGGGCCGUUUGACCUCCUGCUGAACAUGAAGUACGAGGGAAACACCGACGGGAGGGAGCUGGGGGGCAAUGGGACAGUCAUUCGGAGGUACUCUAUGUCGGAUUGGCUCGGCAUUACCUUCACGAAGCAUUUGUGGGAAGGGGACAGCUUCUACGCGUCGCUCGCGCCAAAGGACAAGGAGGAGGGCACUGGACCGUUGGUGUUUGUGGCCAUGACGAAUUGGCGCACUCAGUCUGAGGCACGGCGGGGGCUGAGGGCUGAGAAGAAAGCGGCCAUCGACCGCAUGUUUGGAUUCCGCGGAUGACAAGACAGACGGAACAAGGUGCGGAUAGAAUGAAGAAGAGGAACACAGACUGCCGAUGCGCUGUAAACAGUGUUUUGUCUUGCUAAUGCUCUUGGCUGCAGAAUCUCCGCACCAUUCGGUUGUCCAUACAAGCGUGAGUGUCACGACACUCAUAGUCGAGCAGUGGUAGUCGGGCAUGGAAUGAGACGAAAUGAUCGUCUCGUGCUGCUGUUUUGUUAUUGUGGUGUUGUGUUUCGUUGGGUCAGUGCGUAAUGCAUUCACUUGUCGGCUGUCUGUGCAGUGCUUGUAAGGGAGCGACUUUAUCUGACUCACUGCUUGGUCCCUGCCCCCUUUUUGUGCAGGGCGGCCAGGUCGUUCCGAUAAAUGCAACUCACCUUUAAGGAAACGCGAGUUAGCUCAGCGGGCGAAUGGGCGAAGCUAGGAAUGAGUGAGGUGGAAAGCUAGCUUGAUAGGCAGAGAGGCAGGGGGAAGGGCUGGCUGACUGAGUCCAUCCAUGUCUGCAUACCUACCUGUGCGCGGAUGUGACGAGUGGAUCUGUGGAUGGAUUGAUGAAUGACUCAUCAUGGGAACUGAAUGCUGCACACACAGCUUUCGCACACGUCGUAUAUGUCGUUCAUGGUCGUGUGGAUGGACGGAUGGAUGGAUGGCUGCGGUAUUUUGUAGUUGGUGCUCAGCUCACUCACUUGCCGUCGUUACAUGAAUGCCACAUACACACUGGGAGACGCGCGGCUAAGGCGUAUUGCUGUGUAUAUGUCGAUGAGUGGGUGGGUGGGUGGAUGGAUGGAUGCUUUUUAUCAAUGCUAGCUGAUUGUGUGUACGGGACGCUUUGUGAAAAUGUCAGUGUGGCGGGCGGAAUUGCGUCUACGUCUCACGCAGACCAGUGCAUAAAGAGAUGGACAGAUGGACGGUGAAUGGAUUCAACGAGUGGGUCAUAUG